GUGUACGUCAUUCAAAACUGUAAUAUCAUUAAAGCUAAGAGAAGUAGCCUUGAGCGAAGCGUGGAACACCAUUCGAAAUGCCUCAAACGCACCUCCUUCAGCGGGCGCGACCCCCUCGGCGAGCGCUCGAUCACCUACGCCUGCGUGUACAUCCUGGGCAUCCACUUCCGGGUUCCCCAGACACUCCUCCCGAGCCACGCCAGCAUCCAGGUCCUCGUCGUGUUCCUGUGGAUGUACAGCAUCAUCCUCACUACCGGCUACAGCAGCAACCUCACGGCCUUUCUCACCGUGAAGAGGCAGCCCCCCAGCAUCGAGACCAUCAAGGAGCUGCGGGAGUCCAGGCUCAAUGUCUUCGGCGUCGGCCCCUUCUUCGGGAACUCGAUGGCGCAGUCGGAGAACCCCCACCUGAGAGCCCUGGCGGAGAGGUUCGUGUCCAUGUCUUCCUUCAGCGACAUCGCCGAGCAGGUCCUGGCGGGGCGCGGCGUCAUGAUCCAGAGCGGCACGUUCCUCCAGUACAUGGGCGACCAGCUGACCACCUCCAGGGGCUUGCCGAGGGUUAGAGUCAUCCAGAGUAUCAGUGGUAGAGUUCAUUGUGGUAAAUGUUGA